AUGUCGCUGCCCCCGGAUUGGACGAGGUACGAGACGGACGACGGCAAGGAGUACUUUCACAAUUCGGCCACCAACCAGACGCAGUGGGAGCCGCCGAAGAUGGCGGACCCCAUGGCCUUCAUCGACGGCGGCGGCACAUCUGACGUGUUCCAGUACCAGCCCUCCGCCCUCGACCUGUCGGCGGCGCCGGCGCCGGCCUCCGCCGCGAGCGCGCCCACCGGCAGCAUGGUGGAGAUGCAGCAGCGGGACGCCUCUCCCACGGUCUCGCUGAAUGCGGGGGCGGCCCCGAUUGGUGCAAUUGGAAGCGGCAGCGGCGCUGGCGGAGCUGGCGGAGCUGGCGGCGCUGGCGGCGCUGGCUUCAUGAGCAGCCUCGGCGGCCUGGUCGCGGGCGCGGCCAUGUCGGCCGUGGCUGGGUCGGCGGGCUUCAGCGGCUAUUUGCUGGAGAGGGCGCAGCAGCUCUUCGACGUGAGCACCAACGACGUCGUUCAGCGGCUUCGCAUGGUUCUGCCCCUGAAGCCUCCGGACGGUGCCAAGGAAGAUCUGAAGGACAGGCCAGACUUCUACGGCCCCUUCUGGAUUGCGACGACCGCGGUGCUCUUCCUCGCGGCCACGGGGAACUUCGCGAGGCUCAUCCAGGCGGGCGACCACCGCGCCUUCCAGCCGGACUACGGGCUCGUCAGCCUCGCCGCCACGAUGAUCUACGGGACCCUCGGGGCGUUGCCCGCCGUCGCCCGCGGGGCGAUCUUCUUCGCCGGCGACGGGGGCGGCACCGUGAGCCUGCAGCAGAUCGUGUGCGUGUGCGGCUACUCCAUGGCGCCGAUGAUCCCGGUCUCCAUGCUCUGCCUGAUUCCUUUGGACGGGCUCCGGUGGCUCCUCACGCUGCUGGGCACCGCGAUGUCGCUGUACUUCCUCCGCGGCCACCUGCUGACCGACAUCCAGGUGACGGCGCCGACCCCCAAGCUGAUCCUGACGGCGGCGCCCUGCGUCACCGUGGCGACGAUAUUCCUGGUCUACAGGGUGCACUUCUUCUAG